UCAGCAUGCAGAGAAAUGGUUUUUGACACAGAUGUCAGCUCGAUAUUUGUUGGCGCAAGUCUUUCUAAGCACCGCCCACACAGUUCAAGACGCCCCGCCCCCUCAACCGCCGUGUGAAAGUGGUCCCUGCCGAAGCAGAUCUGAUGUUGAAAGCUGUUGCUCAGGCCGUCUGCUGUCAGUGCGCUGCGGGAGCUUUCUGAGGAAGGAGGAUACUCAUCACUGCGGCUGGGAGGCAGAAUGAAGCGAAGCCACAACUACAGCUCAUCGGACAGCGAGCUGGACGAUAAUGUUGAAGUGGAGAAGGACAGUAGUGACGAAAAUGGUCUUCUUGACUCUCAUGGAUCUAUGUCUCCCUCCACCACCACACAAGUUCAAGCCAGAAAAAGGCGCAGAGGGAUUAUUGAGAAAAGAAGACGUGACCGGAUCAAUAACAGCCUGUCAGAACUGAGACGUUUGGUACCAAGUGCUUUUGAGAAGCAGGGAUCAGCUAAGUUGGAAAAAGCAGAAAUUUUGCAAAUGACAGUCGACCACUUGAAGAUGCUGCAUGCAUCUGGCGGCAAAGGUUACUUUGAAGCUCAUGCUCUUGCGAAGGACUACCGCAGCCUGGGCUUCAGGGAGUGCAUGGCAGAGACAGCCCGCUACCUAAGCAUUGUAGAGGGUCGGGACAGCACAGACUCUCUUCGUGUACGAUUAGUUUCCCACCUCAGCAAUUACGCCUCUCAGAGGGAGGUGCACACCGGACUGGAACACUUGGCCUGGGGCUCUGCCUACGGGACUACCCCUGCCCUUCUCCCCCACCACCUCCUUCUACAGCACCCUCAGGGCAGGACACCUGCACCCAGAAACAACAACAGUCCACCCUCCUCUUCCUCCACUUCUUCUUCAUCUUCCUCUUCAUCCACUGAGACCUCUGGGACAUCUAGACUUAGCGUCUUGCCCCCCACAGAGUCCCUCAGGGUGCCUCCCAAUGGCUCUAUACCUCUAAGUCUGCCUGUACCAACAUCCAAGCUUUCGCCACCACUGGUCUCAUCUCUGUCCUCACUUUCUGCCUUCCCCCUCUCCUUUAGUGCCUUUCCUCUCAUCUCCCCGACAGCCGUCAACACAAUAAGUCCCUCCGCUACCAUGUCGAAGCCUUACAGGCCUUGGGGCUUGGAGAUUGGAGCCUUCUGACGCUAACCAGUGAACUGAAGGCAACAGCUGAGCUGGGCCCAACAUCACAGACACUAAAAGGAGGAAAAUCUUCUUCAGCUGUUUCUGUGGCAAGAAACUAUUGAGAAGAAAGCAAAAUUAUUUUAUUAUAUUAAGAAAUCAGUGUGAGAAGUUGCAAGGGGAUACAAUUUCCUCUAAGUUUGUCAACUACUUUUAACAAGAGAACAAUUUUUAAAUGUUUUGUUUCAUUAUUCAUUGAAUUGAAAGUAAUUUAGGUAGCCUGCACUGCCUCCAGGUUGAGGACUCUUGGUAAAGAAAAUGUGACUGGCCAUGAAUAGAUUUACUGUACACACAAAUUUAGAGGUAAAACUUUGUAGGUAAUAUACUGUAACAUAAACAGUUGUCUAGCACAGGUAACUACAUUUAACAUAAUGUAGAGUUGCUAAAUUUGAUCUGCUUUUUUUAGGGAUCUUAGAACUGUGCAAAAAUUAUAUAUAUAUAUAUAUAUAUAUAUAUAUAUAUAGCACAGAUGGAAAUUUAACUACUUGACAAUUGGAAAUUUGUAUUUGUGUAUCUAUUUGUAAUAUUUUUGUA